UGGAUUUGUGGUGAUUGAAGCAAGAUGGAUCAUUCUCUCUUCGGCUGCCUGCGGAACCCACACGCUCCAGCCCAGACUCUCCACCCGGCCUUCACCCAGUCCUCGCUGGCAUUGCACGGCCGCUCUGAUCACGUCUCCUACCCCGAUUUGCCAGGACCCUCACCACCAUGCAGCUACACAGGUGAAGAAGGAGGUUUUGGAGGGCUUCAUGCACGCAACCAUCCUUCUCAUCAGCUGCCCCAUCAUCAACAGCAUCAGCCCACCUGGCAUAUCCAGCAGAUGCCCUCACCUGGCAGCACCCGUCACGCCGCGUGCCUUCCUCACCCUGACACUGCUGCAGCAGAGCUGUGCACGUCUGGAGGAACAGUGGGUCAGAAUAUGUGCACUGCAAACACAGGCCUAGGAAACACUGACCCAGCAGGAGCAGUGUGUGGGUCUGGGGACUACGGGCGGCAAACUAUGUCACCCAUAGAACCAGAGAGGAGGAACAGUAAAGGAAAGAGUGACAACUCGGGUAAGCAAGAUUCCCAAGACGGGAGCUAUAAGUCAGACGUGAGCAGUAAACCCAGGAAGGAGCGCACAGCAUUCACCAAGGAGCAGAUCCGGGAACUGGAGUCAGAGUUUGCCCACCACAACUAUCUGACACGGCUAAGACGUUACGAAAUCGCCGUCAACCUUGACCUCACAGAGAGACAAGUGAAAGUGUGGUUUCAAAACAGGAGGAUGAAAUGGAAACGAGUGAAAGGAGGACAGCAGGGAGCUGCAGCACGAGAGAAAGAACUGGUGAACGUGAAGAAAGGAACCCUGUUGCCCUCUGAGUUUGCUGGCAUGGUGGGACUGCAUCACCCUGUAGGCUCCCCAGCCAAUGAGGACGACAGUCACGACAGUGACCAGAGCUCUGAACACGCCCACUUAUGACCUUCUGGAAACUUCCACCUGAACCUUACAGUUUUCCUCAGGAAUCGACAUUCUUAGGAUUCUUAGGGCCAGCUAUUAGCAUUUGCUACGAAUCUGCAACAUCUUCAAGUUGGCGAGACUGGACCCAGACAAAGAAACAGGCACAAUACAGACAAGGAAAAAGAAUACAGACAAAGGACUGGGAAAAUGGAUGAAGAUAAAUGACUGAAUUAUUAUUAUUAUUAUUAUUAUUAUUAUUAUUAUUAUUAUUAUAUAUUUUUUUUACUUGUGAGUUGUAGCUUUAAAUUUGGAUUUUGUAAAUAAAUGAAAGACUGUUGUGAACAUUCCACAUAAGUGCCUUGGGGGGAAAAAUUGCACUGUUUUAAUUAUUGCCUUAAUUGAUUGCUACUGUAUUGACAUAGUUUUGAAUAUGAUCUGUAAAUAAAAACUUGCAGUAUUGAGGAAGCAGUAUUUUGCCCAAUAAUAAUAAUAAUAAUAAUCAUCAUCAUCAUCAUCAUCAUCAUUUUCUGAAUCACACUGCCUAUUAAAUACCCAUAAAUAUCCUGUAAAGAACAGUUACUAGUAUGAUGUGCACUUCUCACUGAGCUAGAUUUUCACCAAAACAACCAUUUGUGUUGGAUAUUUAGUGAGAUUAUAAUUUAAAUGAAUAUCCUAUUAAUGAAAAAGUUACAGUUUUUACAAUACUUGCAUUGCUUAAUUCCUGCUAGCUUGAAGUCUGUUUAUGAGUAAUUAUACAUAAUAUAAAAACAGUGCAUUUUAUACCAUUUCUGAUCUGCUCCCUUGGAUGUGUAGUUCAUUUCUUUUUUGUUUUUGUUUUUUUUUCAAUUUAAUAUGUUUACCUUUUGAAUAAACAAGAAUUGCAUUUUUGUUGUGCAUUGACCUGAAUAAAUUUACCACAGGGUUCUUAAAAACUAUUCAUCCCCCCCACCCCCCGCCCCAUUUAGAGUCUUGGUUUCCUUAAUAAAUAUUAUCACCUCUAAAUAAGUUAAUGUGAUGCAAAUUUGAUGGAAAGCCAUGUUGAAAAACCAAUAUUAUGCUUUGACAUGUCUAUGAUUGCAGAGUAUAUACUAAUUUUUGGAGUAGCAUUUUGGAAAUUGGCCUGAGUUUUGAAGAGUCCUCACUUAUGAGAGCAGCUGGUGAUUCUAUCCCUGUAAAAUGUAGAGUGAUUUGAUUUGUGGCU